CGGUGGCCGCUCUGCACCAGGAACGGGAGGUUCUCCAUGACGUGGUGAGCUCCAUCUCCACCAAGAACAGGAGGUCCAUGAGGUUCUUCACCACGUGGUGAGAUCCAUCUCCACCAAGAACCAGGAGGUCCAUGAGGUUCUCCACCAUGUGCUGAGCUCCAUCUCCACCAAGAUCCUGGAGGUCCUUCACCAUGUUGAGAGAUCUAUCUACACUGAGAACCUGGAGGUCUGUGAUGUUCUUCAUCAUGUGGUGGGAUCCAUCUCCACCAGGAACCUGGAGGUCUGUGAGGUUCUCCAUCAUGUGGUGGCACCCGUCUCCACCACAAACAGGAGGUCCGUGAGGUUCUCCACCACGUGGUGGGAUCAAUCUCCACCACGAACCUGGAGGUCCAUGAGGUUCUUCACCACGUGCUGAGCUCCAUCUUCAUGAAGAACCUGGAGGUCCAUGAACUUCUUCACCAUGUCCACGUGCUGAGCUCCAUCUCCACCAGGAACAGGAGCUCCAUGAGGUUCCUCACCACGUGCUGACCUCCACCUUCAUGAAGAACCAGGAGCUCCAUGAGGUUCUCCAUCACCUGGUGAGCUCCAUGUCCACCAAGAACCUGGAGGUCCAUGAGGUUCUCCAACUUCACCAUGUGCUGAGCUCCAUCUCCAUGAAGAACCUGGAGGUCCAUGAGCUUCUCCACCACGUGGUGAGCUCCAUCUCCACCAAGAACCUGGAGGUCCAUGAGGUUCCUCACCACGUGGUGGGAUCAAUCUCCACCAGGAACCUGGAGCUCCAUGAGGUUCUCCACCACGUGCUGAGCUCCAUCUUCAUGAAGAACCUGGAGGUCCAUGAGGUUCUCCAACUUCACCAUGUGCUGGGCUCCAUCUUCAUGAAGAACCUGGAGGUCCAUGACGUUCUCCACCACGUGCUGAGCUCCAUCUCUACCAAGAACCUGGAGGUCCAUGAGGUUCUCCACCAGGUGCUGAGCUCCAUCUCCAUGAAGAACCUGGAGGUCCAUGAGGUUCUCCACCACGUGGUGAGCUCCAUCUUCAUGAAGAACCAGGAGCUCCAUGAGGUUCUCCAUCACAUGGUGAGCUCCAUGUCCACCAGGAACCUGGAGGUCCAUGAGGUUCUCCACCACGUGGUGAGCUCCAUCUUCAUGAAGAACCUGGAGGUCCAUGUGCUGAGCUCCAUCUCCACCAAGAUCCAGGAUCUCCAGGAGCUUCUCCAUGCUCCCCUCACCGAGCUCCAUCUCCAGCAGGACCUCCUGGCCAGGGAUUGUCCCCAUCCUCCCCCACCCACCCGGAGCAGGAGAAGUCCUCGAGGUCCACCCCGACCUCCUGGCUGUGUCUCCAGGGGUUCCUGA